CACACACAUGUUCUAUGAAGGGGGAGGAAGAACAAAAAAGGAAACGCGUGAUCCGCGGUUAUCAAGUGCGACGCCAUGAUCCGCACAUGACAUUGCAAGUAGGCAACAGCCAUGGAAUGAUGAAAUACAGCACAGUUGAAUUGAAGGCUAUUCGGAAAAUGAGAGCGCCUGUGAAAUUCCGAAGAACGAUGAAGAACCGCUGAUCUGUUCGUGGUGUUGACGGACUUUUUCAUAAAAAAACCUCAGGUGCCCCAAAGUCCUACAUCACCAAUUCACUUUUUGUUUAUAUUUUCUAUUUGAUUAGUUUCCGUUUUUGUUUAAUCUCUAUGUAUUUAUCUGUUUAUUUCUCAUUUUCUGUAAUUAUUAUUCAUUUUACUGUACAUGUGUUCAAUUACUGUCUGUUAAUUUGCAUUCAUCUGUUUAAGUUUGGUUCUUGAGAUUUGGGUUCGAUUGGGAACUUUUUCUAUAUAUUUUUUCAUUACAUUUUCAGUUGUCAGUCUCAUCAGUAUUAGCGAACAAGAACUGGGAAGCUUUCUUCUAUUUUUAAUUAUUUGUUUUAUUAUGAGCUUCUAUUUCUUUCUUUCUUCUUAUUCUUAUUCUUUGUUUAAAAAAUAAAAAUUAUUGGGUUUUGAAUAUCUGCCGGUGUUAUGCUUGGUGGAUUUGGACACGGUCUAGGUUCUUCUGUGAUGAUCAGGAGCCUAUGAUUUGAUGGGUUGAAUAGUUGAGCCAACCAUGGAAAGUUCCAGUGAAGAAGAGGAUCAUUUCUUUGAAGCCCGGGAGGAGAUCACAUCUGUAUCAGAUUCGAGCUCUGAACGCCUAGCGAAUUUGGAUUCUGAUGAUGAGGUAGUUGAUAUUUUGCCUAUUAGUAUGAGUCAUGAGGCUUGGAUUAUGAACUUGGGCAGCAUUCAUGAAAGGCGUAGUAACUUUCUCAAAUGGAUGGGUCUGAAUGUGGAUGAAACCAUGAUGGAUGAUUUAGGUAAUGCAUAUUCACAAGAAGUGGAAGUUGAGACUGAUAGAAUGACAGAAUCUAGUGGUGCGGUUCUAAGAUCAUCAAGUUUUGAUGAUAUGUGUUCAUCACGCCAUUCUUCCAUGUCAUGUCGGUCCAGCAAUUUCCUGAACUUGUUAGAUGGAGAGUUGGAGGAGAAUUUUGUACCUAGAAUUAGAAAUUUGGAUGAGGGGACAGAGUUCAUUGUGGAUGAACUGGGGCAAGAUGGUUUGUCAGGGAGGAUACAACAGGUUGGCUUGAACAGAUUACUUACUGUUGAGGAGUUCGAGAGGAGUCUAGGAUUAUCAUCCCCUCUGGUUCAGCAAGUGAUUCGGAGAAGAGCCAAAGACACGUCCAACUCACCAAGAACACAGGUGAAGAUGGAAUGGUUGAGGAGAUUAGGUGUUGUUGCUUGUAUUGUUGAUAGGCAAGUGAAAGCUGGAGGCAUUAAAUGCUAUGAAGCAUAUCCUGUUGCAAGUACUAGGGCUCAAAUGGUUAGAGUUCGGUCAUAUAAGAAGCAAUUCAAGGAAUUUUCUGCUCUUUAUAUGAGACAAGAAAUCCUGGCCCAUGAAGGUUCAAUUUUGACAAUGAAGUUCAGUCCUGAUGGCCUGUACCUUGCAAGUGCUGGUAAAGAUGGAAUUGUGCGUGUAUGGCAGGUGGAGUUAGAAAGAUCAGAUGAGUUUGGGAUAUGUGAUAUUGAUCCUUCAUACGAAUGUUUCAAAAUUAAUAAUCUUUCUGAAUUAGUUCCUCUUCAUGCUAAUAAAGAGAAAAAGGGUAAACUCAAGAAUCUGCGGACAGCAUCAGGCUCGGCUUCUGUUAUCUUUCCUCAGAAAGUAUUUCAAAUAUCUGAGAAACCAAUCCAUGAAUUUUAUGGGCAUUGUGGAGAGGUCUUGGACCUUUCAUGGUCAAAGAAUAAGUAUCUCCUGUCAUCUUCUACUGAUAAGACUGUUCGCCUGUGGCAAUUGGGAUGUAAUCGAUGUCUGGAAGUCUUUUCCCACAAUAAUUAUGUUACAUGUGUUCAGUUUAAUCCCAUGGAUGGUGAUUCAUUUAUUAGUGGUUCCCUAGAUGGCAAAGUACGCAUCUGGGAAAUUCCAGGUUGUCAAGUUAUUGACUGGACUGAUAUUACUGAAAUUGUUGCAGCUGUUUGUUAUCGCCCUGAUGGAAAGGGUCUAGUUGUUGGUUCCAUGACUGGCAAUUGUCUUUUUUAUGAUGCAUCGGAUAAUCAUCUCCAGUUGUGUGCGCAAGUAUGCUUACAGGGUAAGCAGUCAACACCAUUCAAGAGGAUAACUGGCUUUCAGUUUUCCCCUAGUGAUCCAACCAGAUUAAUGGUUACGUCUGCUGAUUCACAAAUCUGCAUCCUUGAUGGGGUUGAUGUGAUAUGCAAAUAUCGAGGCAUCCAUAAUGCAGGAACUCAAACGUCUGCAUCUUUUACAUCAGAUGGGAAACAUAUUAUUUCAGCAAGUGAGGGUUCUAGUGUCUAUGUCUGGAACUAUGCUAGCCAGGAUGGGCCUGUGCCUCAUGUAAAGAACUAUAAGGCAUGUGAGCGUUUCUUCUCAAACAAUGUAUCGGUUGCUAUACCCUGGUCUGGGAUCACAUGUGGGAAUUGUGUUCCUUCAAAUGUAUCUGCAACAAUGUUGUCCCAUAUGAACACAGGGUUAUGUAAUGAUGAAAGAAUGUCGAUGCAUUGUCCGUUUGGUGAGAGUUCAGAAUGCAAAUUGCCAUUUUCUUUAUCUGAUCAUUUCUCAUGGAACCAUGGAUUUUUCUCGGAGACAUUGCCCAAGGGUUCAGCAACCUGGCCAGAGGAAAAUCUUCCUUCAAGAUCACCAGAAAUAUCAUCCAAAAUGUGUAAAUCCCAUUACAAGUAUUUGAAAACGUCAUGUCAGACCAUGCAUGGAUCACCUCAUGCGUGGGGUUUGGUAAUUGUAACAGCUGGCUGUGAUGGACGGAUCAAAUGGUUCCAGAAUUAUGGAUUGCCAGUUCGCCUUUAGAUAUGUGAAGGUUCUGCAGAGCAUCAGGGGAUUUUAUUUUUCUUGGAAAUUUGCCCUGUCUUUGGCAAUGGCAACUCUCGGUUUUGCAUUAUCUUGCAAACGCCGCAUGCAUAGACCGGAUCUGCAUCCAUGGCCACAGUAGGUCCUGUGCUGUGUGGUGCGCAUCCCUAGGCAAUGGUUGAGAUGUUAAAGCAAUAUCUGUUCUUUGUCUGGCAAACGAGAAUUAUAGGUGCGCAACGCUUGAAUUGUAUUUUGGCUUGAUAUGAAUAGCCUUUUGGAUAUGGCUGGAUUUGUUAUCCAGUGUAUAUUCCAUUCUUUAAUUUAUUUACUCAGCAGUAUGGUGGCUGUAUCCCGAUCUGAACUGCAGAGUUUCUUGACGGCCAGGGGGGGCCGAGAUUUGUGGAAGUAUUUUGGAGUUUCCAUUUUUGGUGUGGGUGAGGAGAAAUUAGCUGUCUUGAAGGAUUUUGAUCAUGUUUAAAUUAUUUCAUCAGCCUCUUGCAAAUGAUAGUUGCAUUUGGUCUUUUCUGAUUUUACCAUCAUCAACCCAAGUUAAGCCUCUAGCUUAGAAAGGGUUAAGGUUGUUCCAGUCUUGCCAGGAAAGCGGGGUGAUUCCAAUUCUGUCAUGAGCUUGUAUUCAAUCUUCUUCUGCUGAUUCUCCUCUUAUUUAUUUAUUUUAUUUUUUUAAAUAUGGAAGAAAAUCACAUCGUUUUUUGCAAACAAAAAGAAUACACAUCUGGUACAUCAUUUUUAAGUGUAAUAUAAGUACAUAUACUUGUUACUUCGA